AUGGUGCGGCAAGUCGGCUACCCUCGCAUCUUCUUCACGAUCGCCCCCUACGAGUGGAGCUUCCCCUACCACGAGUGGGUACGCGACGAGAUGCAGAAGCUGCUCAAGGAGCGCCUGUUCUUGCCGGUCGCUGAGACGCUGCACAUGGUGCACGUCAUGGUCCAGGCAGUGAAAGGCUUGCUGCUGGGGCAUACAGGCGGAUCUGGGAAGCAGCCUUGGAAGAGCAACAUCUUCCGUGUUCUGGACGACCAGGGCCAUGCCCGCCGCCUGCACUUCUUCUUGCGUCUCGAGUAUCAGGACGGGACCCGAAAGGCAGCCACCCAGGACUACCACGGCUCCGGCAGAGUGCACGUGCACGUCGUCAUCUUUGUCAAGCCCGAGGACGUCGAGCAAUUAAACCUGGUGGAGACUGUGUCUGCUACUUUGCCUGAAGAUGCGGAGCUUCGCGGCUAUGUCGAAGGCAGCCAGUACGACCGGGACAAGAAGAGCGGCUGGCCCGUCCACCAAGCAGCGACUUGCUUCGACCGUGAGACAGGCGCGUGGCGCCUUCAGCACACGGAGGACGACCAUGCGGCGGGGAUGCGCCCCUACAUCGUGGACUUGAUGGAAGUGCUCCGCUGCCACCAGGACUUCCAGAUGUGCGACGACGACGGCCUGCUCCGUGCCUACGUCACCAAGUACGUCAGCAAGUUCUCGGAUGCGGCCAGUGAGGAGUGGCUGAAUGACGACGCGGAGGCCAUGAGCAUCGCCGCCACCGUGCUCAUGCGCUAUCGGCCGCUGGAGCCAGAGAUGGUGCUGCAGCUCUUUGGCGCCAAGUUCCGGCAAUGGCAACUCUCCACGCAGAGCGGUGGCAAGCGCGAUUUGGUGGCGCCCUACCCUGACCAGGACCCCAAGCCGCGCGAGGUGGAGCUGUACGAGCAGGCGGACUGGGCUUGUGGCCGCAUCAGCCUCCUCGACUAUCUACGCAAGACAACGGCCGAAGGGAAGAUCUGCCACUGGCUGCAGAAGAAGCACACGCAGUCCGGCAGCGAGGCCACCCUGGAGGAGUUUGCUGCGAGCUACGUGAUGCAGGGCGAGAAAGUCGUGGCCGCCGAGACCGUCUCAAAGUUCAACGACCGCUUCUUCGGUCAGUGGCUCAUGCUUCAUGUUCCCUUCGAGAAGGCCACGGACUUCUGCCUGCCGCAGCACGUCGUGCGACGGCUCCCGGAAGCCCACAAGUACUUCGCCAUGGCGGUCCUCUGCGAGCAUCCGGUGGCACAGGCCAUGUGGCAGGACGACGAGAAGAUCCGAGCGGAGCUGAAGAUGGAGGCGCACACCAAGGACCACGUGGACACCAUCCUCGCCAUGAUCCGCGCUCACCGCGGCUUGCUGCAGGAAUACCUGGAGGGCUCGCUGGAUGCCCGCAAGGAGCAACAGACCCAAAACAAGCCCAGCGGUGAGAAGAAGGCCUCCAAGACGAAAGCGGGUCCUGUAGAUGCCAGCAAGUUCAACAGACAGCAGCUCCGCUUCAAGGAGAUCGUGGACGCGGCGGUGGACCGCGCCUUAGCCAUGGAGGAAGCAGAGGACGAGGGCGAGGCAGACCGCUUGCGACAAGAAGCUCGAAGCAGCAAGGCCAGCGUUUGCCUUGGGCCCCCUGGCACCGGCAAGACCACCGUGAUGUUCUCUUGCAUCGAUCGUGCUCUGGCCAUGGGUGGCAAAGUUUUGAUGGCUUUGCCGACGGCCCAGCUGUCCAGUCGCAUGAAGGCGCGCUACGGUCACAAGGUGGACAUCGAUACUUGCCACGCCGCUUUUGGCCUGCAUGAGUCUGCCGAGCACGGAGAAGCUUCCUUGCUGAGCAUGUACUCCCUCAUCGUCGUAGACGAGCUCUCGCAGCUGGAUAUGGUCAACUUCGAGAAGAUCCUGAGGCUCUGGGCAGCUGCAGAUUGCGUGCCGGCCUUGGCGCUGCUGGGUGACCGCUACCAGAUGGCCGGCGUGGGAGAACGCCGGCCCUGGCAUUCGCGCCUCUGGAAUACCAUGUGCUAUCGGGUGGCGCUGCACAAGAUGUACCGCUGCAAGGACAAAGUGCAUGCGAAGCUCCUGGCAGUCCUCAGGACCGGCAAGCCCAGCGCCAAGCUCCUCCGACAGCUCCGCAGGAAGAUGGCGUGGAGGCCUCCUGGCCCACCCACGGUGAAGGGACUUCGGAAGCUGCUGAAGUCGAAGCCCGACACGACCAUCCUCACAUGCACCAGGCGGGGUGCUGCUCGAGUCAAUGCUGCCGAGUUGAAGGCCCUCUUCCCUCACUAUCCUCCGCUGGCAACAUUGCCGGCUGACGUGGACUCCAACCCCGAGAACUAUGUGCAGGGCAAGCUGAAGCCGGCCGGCGAGCUGCAGCCCUCCGCCAUGCCCGUCUACAAGGGCAUGAAGGUGUACUUGACACGCAACGUGCGGAAGGACGUCGACUUCAUCAACGGCAUGGAGGCGACGGUCUUGAAGUAUGACGACGGCACGGGUGGCCUCCUGGUGCGCACCGCCACCGGGUAUGUGGUCAACCCGGAAAGAGGUGGCUUGGUCUACUAUCCCGUCCGGCCUGGCUACGCGUCCACCAUCCUGAAGUUCCAGGGGGCAGAACUCUCCCAUGUCGUCGUCUACCUGGAUGCCCCGAGGGUUCCGGCAGCGGCCUACACGGCCAUCAGCAGGGUUGGCUACUACAAAGACUUCCUGCUGGCGGGCAUCUUCACGGAGCAUCAUUUCACGCCGGCGAAGUGA